AUGCAGCUCGCCGCGGUGUACACGGACCCUUGGGUGCUCUCCGCCACCGCCCUCUUCGUCCUCGUCCACCUCCUGCUCCGGCACUUCCGCUCCGGCGGCCGCCGCCUCCCGCCGGGACCGCGCGGCUUCCCGAUACUCGGCGCGCUGCCGCUCGUCGGCCCGACCCCGCACACCGGGCUGGCGGCGCUGGCCCGGAAGCACGGCCCGGUCAUGUACCUCAAGAUGGGCACCUGCGGCGUCGUGGUGGCGUCGUCCCCCGCGGCGGCGCGACAGUUCCUCAAGGUGCAGGACGCGCGCUUCGCCGACCGCCCCGCCGUCGCCAGCGCCGUGGACAUCACGUACGGCUUCCAGACCAUCGCGUUCGGCAUGCAGGGGCCCCGGUGGAAGCAGAUGCGCAAGCUGUCGACCGUGCACCUGCUCGGGGCGCAGGCCAUGGCGGAGUGGGCGUCCGUUCGCCGGGACGAGGCCGGCCGCCUGCUGCGCGACGUGGUCGGGGCCUCCGUGGCCGGCGAGCUGGUCUCCGUGCCGGACGUGCUGGUGCGCGCGUUCGCCAACAUCGUCGGGCAGAUCACGCUGAGCAAGAGGCUGUUCGACACCCAGGGCGACGAGGCCAACAUAUACAAGGAGAUGAUCACGUUGGUGCAGAGCGGGUCGGGGCUGUUCAACAUCAGCGACUUCGUGCUGGCCCUGUCACGCUUCGACCUGCAGGGCGUGCAGGCGAAGCUGCGGAAGAUCCACCUCCGCUUCGACGACAUGAUCACCAGCCUCCUGGACGAGCACUCGGCGACGGCCAAGCAGCGGCAGGGCCGGCCGGACUUCAUCGACAAGCUCCGAGCCAGCAUGGCCGACAGCAAGGACAGCAACGACGCCGACACGAUCUCCGAAGUCAACGUCAAGGGAUUCGUAUUUGACAUGUUCACCGCCGGCACGGACACGGCGUCGAUCAUCGCGGAGUGGGCGAUGGCGGAGAUGAUCAAGAACCCGUCCAUCAUGGCGCGCGCGCAGGAGGAGAUGGACCGCGUGGUCGGCCGCGGCCGCCGCCUCGAGGAGUCGGACGUCGCCGGCCUCCCCUACCUGCAGGCCGUAUGCAAGGAGGCGAUGCGGCUCCACCCCUCGACGCCGCUCAGCAUCCCGCACUUCUCCGGCGAGGAGUGCGAGGUGGACGGGUACCACAUCCCGAAGAACACGCAGCUGCUCGUCAAUAUCUGGGCCAUCGGCCGGGACGCGGCGACGUGGGAGGAGCCGCUGGAGUUCCGGCCGGAGCGGUUCCCGUCCGGGCCGACGGCGAACGUGGACGUGCUGGGGAACCACUUCGAGCUCAUCCCCUUCGGCGCCGGCCGGAGGAUCUGCGUGGGGAAGCUGGCCGGCAUGGUGUUCGUGCAGUACUUUCUGCUUCCUGGAAAAGAGCUUAUCAAUGGCUUGGUGUUCCUUAAUGAUGACAGUUGGUGUGUGAAGAUGGCUGAGUACAUUUGUGUUGGAGGAGUUGCUAAUGUGUAUGUGGAGUAUCAUGGAGAGGAAGAUAGCAAUGACAACAGCAGUGGGAGUGAUUUUGAGGAUGAAAUCAUGGAACAGAGUGAUGAUGAUGAACUAGAUGCAGUUAUAACUGCUGAAGAACCAGAUGCAGUUAUAACUGCUGAUGAACCAAAUGCAGUAACUGGUGUUGAACCUGCAGAGUCUGACACUAAUGUGCUCAUACCUGAUGAAACUGGUGUGAUCACUCAAAGAAUUUGCAGCCCCUUGAAGCAGAGAAGAAGCAAUGCCAUAGAAGUAGAUGUGGAUGAAAUGACAGGCAUGGAAGGAGUUUUUUCUCAGGUUUUGGAUCCAAGUCAACCUGCAUCAGCCUGUGCUUCUGAACCUCAGGCUUCAGGGCAUGUCAAUAACCAAAUGGUGAUAGCUGCAAAUGUUGACAGUGGCAAUCAAAAUUCAGACUCAGACAGUGACACUGAAUACAUUGGACAUACUGAUGAUAGUAGGGAGGAUUCAGAAGUUGUGGAGCUCAGGAGACAUGCUAGGAAAUUUAAGAAAAGGAUGAGAGACUCCAAGAGCUGGAUAGGUAGGGAUGCUACAGGGCCAGUGCCAAUUGAAUUGAUUGCCAACAUGGAGGAGCAAAUUGAAAGAGAAGAAAUGGAUUGGAACUAUGAUUCAUCUGAUGAGGACUACAGCUAUGAUGAAGAUUCAGAUGGUCAUAUAAGGAAGAGGAAGAGUACAUUCCCAAGAUACAACCCUGAAAGUGAAGUACCACAUUUUGCUUUGACCAUGGUUUUUAGAAGCAAGAAUCAGCUGUGCAAAGCUUUGAGAAGAUAUGGACUAGUAACAAAGAGGAGCAUAAAGUUCAUGAAAUCUGAGUGUGACAGAGUAAGGGCAAAGUGUGGAUGGCCUGACUGCCCAUGGCUGAUAUAUGCAGCCAAGAGAUCAAGGACUUCAAGAUUCCAAGUCAUAACAUAUAAUGAUGAUCACCAAUGUGCACAGAACAGAUGCAACAAGUUGGUUACUGCAAAGGUGAUUGCACAGAGGUAUGAGCACUUCAUAUUGGCAAAUCCUAUGUGGAAAAUUGGGAGCAUGAAAGCAACUGUUUUGCAAGAUAUGUUUGCUGAUGUCUCCACUUCAAAGUGCAAGCAUGCAAAAAGAAUUGCCAUGGACAAAUUAUUGUGUGGAAUGAACAAUGAAUACACUAGAGUGUUUGACUACCAACUUGAGCUGCUAAGGAGCAACCCUGGAAGCACAGUUGCUGUUUGCAUGGAUCCAACCAACAUGGAGGAAAGUGUAUUCCAGAGCUUCUACAUGUGCUUUAAUGCAAUGAAGCAAGGAUUCAAGGCUGGUUGCAGAAAAGUAAUAGGCCUUGAUGGUUGUUUCUUCAAAGGUGCAGUGAAGGGUGAGCUAUUGUGUGCCAUAGGUAGAGAUGCAAAUAAUCAAAUGUAUCCACUAGCCUGGGCUGUAGUUGAGAAUGAAACUAAUAUCACAUGGAAGUGGUUUGUUGGGCUGCUCAUUAAGGACUUGGAAAUAAACAAUAAUGGAGCUGGCUGGGUUAUUAUUUCUGAUCAGCAGAAGGGCUUGAUAAAUGCAGUGAAUGAUUACCUUCCUGCUGCAGAGCAUAGGAUGUGUGCUAGGCACAUUUAUGCUAAUUGGAGGAAGAAACAUAAAGAUCAUGAGUGGCAAAAGAAAUUCUGGGCAGUUGCUAAGGCUUCCAACAGGCAAGAUUUCAACUAUUAUAAGGCCAAGCUUGCACAGGUCACUCCUGAAGGGGCUAAAGACAUCAUGAGGACUGAGCCAGUGCACUGGGCAAGGGCUUUUUUCUCAGUUGGUUCAAAUUGUGAGUCAGUUGACAACAACCUUUGUGAGUCAUUCAACCAUGCUAUAGUUGAUGCUAGGUUUUAUCCUAUUAUUUCUAUGAAUGAAAAAAUUAGGAAGAAAGUACUUGUGAGAAUUCAGGAACAAAGAGAGAAAGGUGCCAAUUUUAGAGGAAAAAUAUGCCAUGCUGUUUUUAAGAAGCUCAAGAAAAGUAUUGCUAGAACACAAUAUCUUGAAGUGCUCUGGAAUGCAGAAAAUGGAUUUGAAGUGAAGCAAGUGAAUGGAAGAGGAAGGCAGUACACUGUGGACCUGGAAAAGUGGACAUGCUCUUGUGGGUACUUCCAGCUGGCAGGGCUUCCUUGCCAUCAUGCAAUUAGUGCCAUCUACAAGUGCAACAAAAAUAUUGAAGAUUUUAUUGCUCCUUGCUACUUUGUUGAAGUGUUCAACAAAAUCUAUGAGCAUUGCUUGGAGCCAGUGGAGGGUGAAGAGAUGUGGCCAGUGUCACCCAAUCCUAGGCCAGUGCCUCCUGAAUAUGUUAGGUUGCCAGGAAAAGAGAAGAAAAAAGGAAGGCCUAAAAACAAUGAUAGAAGAAGAGAAGAAACUGAGCAACCUAAGGGAAAGAAAAUGAGCAAGCAUGGCACAAUUAUCAAAUGCUCAUUGUGUGGUAACCCUGGACACAACAAAUCAGGAUGUAAACAGAACCCAGAGAGAGGCAAGAAAAAGAAUGCACAUCUUGCUAGAACUAGCAAGAAAAAGAACCCAACUGAGCAAGCCAAAGGAAGUGCAUUUGCCUCUGCCUCUGCAUCUGCUCCACCAACAGCAACAAGUUCAGUACCAGCAGGUCCUUCUACUGGGACCAACAGGUUUAAGCCUCCAAGAAAGAGAACUAAGCUGGACAUGGAGGAGCAGUUCGGACUCACGAUGCCCAAGGCCGUGCCGCUGCAGGCCUUUGUCACGCCACGGUUGGCGCCGGCCGCCUACGCGUGA